AUGUCGGGCUAUUUGGUCUCCUUCAAUUCAAACACUUCAGACGAAGAAAUCCAGCAGGUUAAAGAUCACAUUACCCAGGGCGGUGGUGUCAUCGGACAUGAAUAUAAUCUGAUCAAGGGCUUUAGUUUCACAAAGCCGGAGGUGUCUACGCUCGACGUUGGCGCUCUAUCUGACCAUCCGGCGAUCGACAGUCUGGAACUUGACCAGACCGUCACGACUCAAUAA